GCGCGUUCACGUUUCUCGAAACGCGCGGCGGGGGCCGACUAGGACAGAAGCCUCGCGCAGUUCGGCGGAAAAGAGUCGUUAUUAUUUUUAGCGCCUGGUUCGUGUUUCGCGAGGAGCCGCUUCUCUGUCUCUGCGCCACAGUCUGCGCAGAGCUCGCGCGGAGCACGAGAGGACCCGCCGUGACAGAGCGCGGAGUUGCGGGGGAAGCGCGCGAGGACGAACAUAACGGGCUCCGGACACAGACCAUCUGAAGGCAGCCUUGUCACAUAUCACGUAUCACCGUAUCGUCCGGCUUUAGUCUCGGCCUGUCCGGAGAUGGCUAGCCCCGCUGCCUCUGGAGAUUCACCGAAUGCCCCGCGGGAGCAGGAGCCGCUGGAGCAGCACCAUCCCGAACCAGUCUGUCGGGAGGCUCAGAAAUGGAUAGAGGCUGUAACCGGGAAGAGCUUUGGAGACAAGGACUUCCGCAGUGCGUUGGAGAACGGCAUCCUGUUAUGCGAGCUCCUAAGUGCGAUCAAACCAGGACUCGUCAAGAAGAUCAACAGGCUGCCCACCCCCAUCGCCGGGCUGGAUAACCUGUCAGUCUUUCUGCGUGGCUGCGAGGAGUUGGGCCUGAAGGGCGCCCAGCUGUUUGACCCAGGGGACCUGCAGGACACAUCCAUACGAGCUAACCUCAAGGACUCAGACUGCAACCGCAAACUAAAGAAUGUGCUGAACACAGUGUACUGGUUGGGGAAAGCCGCCAGUGGCUGUGCUUCCUUUAGUGGGCCUACUCUAAACCUCAAGGAGUUUGAGGGGCUUCUUGCUCAGAUGAAGUUGGAGAGCGAGGAAGGAGGGGACAGUUCACAGAAGCGCAGUGUUAGAGACAGCGGUUAUGACUGCUGGGACUCUGAGAGGAGUGAGUCUCUUUCUCCACCACGGCACACUCGAGACAACUCCCUAGACAGUCUGGAUUCCUUUGGCUCACGCUCGCAGCACAGCCCUUCUCCCGAUGUCGUGAAUCGAGGAAACAGCGAUGGGCGAGGCAGCGACUCGGAGGCCGAUGCCCCCAACAGGAAGCCAGAUGUGCGGAAGGACGACAUGUUGGCCAGAAGGACUUCCAGCAAAGAAGCAAGAAGUUCUGUCCCCUUUAACCAAUUUCUUCCUAACCGAACCAACGCCACCUCCUACGUCCCAACUCCAUGGCGAAAACCACAUACGGAAGAGAGAGAACAGCGGAGGAUGAGCCGACGUGUUGCUUUUAUGUCUGAGGACACCGAGAGUGUGAGUAUGGGUGAUAUGCUUAACGAGGAGGAGGUGGGACACCUACCGUCGCUGAGCCAAUCGCGACAUGAACACAUGCACGAGCAGUACAACAACUUUCUGGAGGAUGAGGACCACUGGCAAGAUGACCUGGCUCGCUGGAAGAAUCGCCGCCGCAGCGCGUCACAGGAUCUAAUCAGAAAGGAGGAGGAGAGGAAGAGAAUAGAAAAGAGGAUGAAGGGGGAGGGACGUGACGGCAAUAAGAGGAAGAGCAUUAAGACUUACAAAGAGAUUGUGGAGGAGAAGGAGCGCAGAGAAGCAGAGCUGUGUGAAGCCUACAGAAACGCAGCGACUCCAGAGGAGGCAGCCUUGGUUUUGCAGCGCUAUGCUCUCCGCUUCACCAUCAGUGAUGCAGUACUGGACAGCCUAAAACUACCCAGAUCCACCUCCACACCCAAAAACGAACUAAAUGAGCUGGACAAAGAGCAGAAGCCAGAAUCACCUGUUAAUAACUCUGAGAUGUCAGAGCCUCUGCGCCAACCAGAAUCACCUGUUAAUAACACUGAGAUGUCAGAGCCUCUCCGCCAACCAGAAUCACAUGUAGUUACAAAUCAGGAGCAUAUGAAACCUGAAGAGAUAGAGACAGACACAGCAUAUCAGCAAGAAAAAUUAGCCACCAGCCCUCUAACACCAAACAGUCCAACCAGUCCUCUGUCCACAGUCACAGACUCACAGAGUGUGUCACCUCAGUCUCUGGAGUUUAAUGAACCCCAGACCCAACGGAUGGAGUCUCCGACUGCGCAACAGGCUGCGAUCACAGGAAAUCCACAGCCUCAGACAAAACACACUUCACCUCAGAGUGGGCAAGGGCAGCCUCACCCCACACAGUCGGCAAAUGCUCUCCCCUCCCCACCAUCUGUGUCCACCAGGCCCAUCCCCCUGCUGGCAGCCAAACCCUACUGCCAGCCUGGGGCCGUGCUCCCUGGGCACAAACCUAUUAAGGACGGGUUGGUACGAGUGAAUGGGGAGGCGACGGAGGAGCUAACUGUUUCCACUCCACCUACCUCCCCUCAGCACUCACCACAGGAGACCAAAGAUGUUUUAUCCAAAGAGGCGGAGAAAGAUGCUCCACCUGUGGAGGCUGUUAAAAGUGCCGAGACUGCAGAGCAGCAGCCUACGGAGACAGAGAAGUCAACGCCGUCUUCAGGCUCUGCCAUCAGCUCCCUGAUCGAAGGUCGAAACUGUAUCAUCACAACAACUAUUGUGACAGAGCUUACGCAGAAGGUUGUGGAACCGCUUCACACAGACACCCAAAACGAUGGAGAGGUUGAGACCACUGGCUUGUUUGAGAAACCAGAGGAUGAAAAAAAUACUCAACCAUCUUCCACACCCAGCAGCCUGGAAGAAUAUUCUCCCACCGUCUCGGAAGGACUUGAGGAGAGCAGUGUGACCGAGCAAUACCAGCGAGAACAAGAGAAGCUGAUGAAGGAAUGGGAGAAAGCACAGCUCGAGGUGGAAGAGGAGGAGAGGAAGCACAAUGAAGAGGAAAGACGGAUUCUAGAGGAGACCGUCACACCCCUCAAUCCUACUGGCCUGUUAAACCAGGUGUCAGGACAGACAGCGACAACCUCACCUGGUCCAGAAAACGACAACACAGAGGGAAAAAAUGUUCCUCUGCAGCACAAUGGCCAAAAAAUCUCUACAGGGAAUGAAGAUCAGCAUGCAUCAAAGCUGCAUUUCUUCCAGGAUUCUGGAGCUGAUGUUGAACCUUCAAAGAAACAGGAAUUGUGGAAAACAGCCUCUCUGGACCGCAAUACUCAGCUGAACCAGGGACAGGUUGUUAAAAGAUCUGGAUCUCAUGAUGUUGUUACAAGUGAACAACAGUCCUCCUCUCCAAAGCCUCAGCCUCCCUCACCCAGCAGGUGUGUUAGUGGAAAGAGACUGUGCACUGGUUGUUCUCAGCCUCUGGGAAAAGGCGCUGCUAUGAUCAUAGAUACGCUGGGACUGUUUUUCCACAUACACUGUUUCAAGUGUGGACUGUGUGGUGUACAGCUUGGUGACGCCACUGCAGGGACUGACGUACGGAUUCGUAAGGGAAUGCUGAGCUGCCACGAGUGCUACAUUGCAUCUCGGGGCCGAGGUCAGCCCACCACACUAUGAUGACCACUGUUUUGGACCCUCAGUGAUUGGGUGGAGAACUCUUCUAAAACCCUGAAUCACACUGAAACAGUCUUGAUGCUACAAGUCAUCAUCUUUUUUCCUCCUUGAAUGCACAACAGCUCAUGUGGAUGUUCACAGCGAGGAGUCUGAAUCCACGUGGUUCAAAAGUCUCAACUACAUGGACUUGCAGGACUAUCGCUAUACUUCUUAACCGUACACGUGUAUACACUUAUUUUUAGUAUGCGUAGCAUGGAUGUAAUCAAAAAAACAGUUUGUUUAGGCGUUUGCACAUCCAUACAAGACACUCAAUAGGGAUCUUACGCCAAGAGCUGAACACUACUGUCUGUAACACAUCGGCCUCCCAAAUCUUGACUCAUUAACUCCUGCUUCUGCACUGAUCAUGUGACUCCACUCUCUUGAGUUUGAUGCAAAAGGGGUUCAGGUUGGAUAACCUGAAGUAGCUUGACCAUUAUAAUGCCUUACUCAUACCUUCUCCUUUAUUUUUGGGUUUUGUGUUUACAGUUUUGCAUGGAUAAAAGUAACAUAUAUAUAUAUAUAAGUUUUUGUGAGUAUUGCUCAGACGGAUAGUGAGUUGUUAUUUUCUUACCUAUCCUUGUGUUUGUCGUACAUCAUUCUGAUGAUUUUGUUUUUGCUUUUUCUCUAUAAGUCAUUUUACAGGAAUGAGAAUGCAUGUUGUUAAGUAAUAAUACUUGUUCUUUGAAUUUUAAAUAUUUUCCCUUUAGGAUGUUUUAGCCAUUGUUUCUUCUCACAGACUGCACCUGAAUCAGUGCCUUAUGUAAUGAAUGCGAAGGCGAGUGGAGUGUGCAGGAGUAUUUCACACUCACACAGACCUAAGGGUCUUGGCACAUAGUGUGUGUGUGUGUGUGUGUGUGUGUGUGUGUGUGUGUGUGUGUGUGUGUGUGUGUGUGUGGAUAUGAAUGCAGUGUGUGAUUUGACUUAAAGCACAGUUCCAUACCAGCAAAAAAGAAAUGUUAAAUGGAUCAGCCUCUCCUAAUCACCUGCUGUCCUCUUCCAUCGCCUCCAGUGAACUAAACCAAUGACAUAAUGUUACUUGCUGCUUCCCUGUUUUAAUAUCUUCUUAAGGUAAUCCACAGUGUCCUAAAAUCUCUCCUCGUUUGCCUCUGUAUCACAAGCGUUGCCUCCCCAGAGAAUAAUCUGAACUGUUCUAUCCUCUCUUGUCUCGCCUCAAUCUGGAAACCUGACAGCUUCUUCAUCUCUCAGAGGAAUAGAGCACAGUUCAUUGUCUUUUAUAGUAACUGUAUGUUUAUCAAUAAAAUGUUUUAA